AUGCCCUCAAAUCGUAGAUCCGGUCGCUUGUCCGGCGUGCGGAAAACUUACACUCUUGACCCUUUUGCGGAUGAGGACUUGGACCCAGCCAUCUUCGGGGAAGAGAACAAGGCCCCGCGGAAGCAGGGCAAAAAGCCGGUGGACGAUGAUUCCGACGAGGAAUUCCAGGGACAAGCAGAGGAGGAGGACCCUGAUGAUGAGGUAUCUGAGGAGGAGGACCGCAGAGCUGAGAUUGCCGAGGAUGAAGAAGCGGACGAAGCUGUCUUCUCAGCUUCAGAAGAAGCAACACCGACAGCCAAAAAAGCCCGUCAUUCUAAAGGUCCCCAAAGACCAGUGCGACUUGAUCAGCCGAGAUCAGCUAAGAAGCGUCGGCCGGAUGGAGCUAUUGUGCUUGCUGGUGAUGAGACUCAUUCUCGAGGAGCAUGGAACCCGCUUGAGCACGUGGGAAAGUCAAUUCAUCUGCAGGUAACGUUUGGUCUUGAUGAGAGGGAUCUCCUAUCUGUCCUGUAUACGAGAGAUCGAUGGUCAAGAGGAGUUGAUUCUUCGUUUCCAACGCGGGUGUCGCUGGACGAGGCUGGGAAAUUGCCGGACUAUGCUUAUGGUUCGACGUUUGGUGUUGAGCCGGCUGAUAUUGAGAACGAGAGAACGGCCGGAUGGGACUGGUAUUAUGGGAACGGGCCUGGAGAGCGAUUUAGAAAACGCCAACGAUUCGAGCAGAUCACGGAAAGGGAAGCCCGUCAGACAUUUUUGCCUACGCCAAAGCAGGGGAACCAUACUGUGCUUAUGGGGCCAGCGGGUGACCAAAUGGAGUUCAAUCUAGGCCAGUACGACGUUUUCAACUUUGGAGAUGCUUGGGCGGAACUCAAAAGUCGGAGCAAGUCUCAGACUUCGCAACCUAGCAAGAAGCGACAGGGCUGGAUCCUCAAUAUUGGACAGCGCAUUCAGGCUGUGGCUUGGUUGCCAAACCAAAACGGUCGUGAACAGUAUCUAUCGGUGGUUGCUCCGAUUUCAAACGAACAGAAACAAAAGUAUCCAGAUCCAUUGAAAGACUACGCGGCAGCAGCAUUUCGCUCGUCCGCUCCUUACCCUUGCGCCUUGCAGCUUUGGUCCUUCAGAGCUAGCGAGUUUGGCGGUCUCACAAAGACUAUUGAUAUGAGUGUCGAGCCCAGCCUACGCUUGGUUCUAGGUACCAAAUGGGGCGACUUGAGGCGAAUGGCUUGGUGCCCUAUUGUUCGAGAGCCGCGGGAUCAAGAUGACCAAGGCGGCUACAGAAAUCUAGGUCUCCUUGCCGGAGUCUGGGGCGAUGGUUACGUCCGGGUACUUGAUGUCAAAAUCAAUAAAGACCCUACAGUGACUGGGUUCUACAGAAUCGACGCGCCUGUGUAUGAGGCAAGGCCGCCCAAUACCAUAUGUACAUGUGUGGCAUGGCUAUCCUCCAGUGACAUUGUUGUGGGUUGCGCCAACGGCUUUGUUGGUGUUUACAGCAUUGCGCCGCCGCAAGAGUCCACACUGCCCUAUUUUUACCAUCCCAUCCACACAUCUUAUGUCCUCAACGUCGCGCCCGCUUAUCCGACCCAUGCUCACCUAGUGGCAACCACCUCCAUGGACGGCGACACCAAACUAACAUCAAUCAUUGACCAUGAAAAGGACAUGGUCGAAACAAACCGCAUGAGAGUGGGCUCGCCGCAUCUGACCUACUCGCCAUGGGUACACUCAUUUGUAUCCAGUGAUGAAAACGACUUUGUGCGCAUGUUGACUGUACGGCGCUUCUUUACCACGCUGGCGGUUGCUCGGAUGUCGAGCACCAUCUCUUCUAUAGCGACAUGCAGCCCCUGGCACCCAAGUACACUUGUCGGAUGUUCCGGGGGUUCCGUAGUUGCGUCAAACCCUCUACGAAGGCUACUGCAUGCCAAGGAGAAGCAGUGGCAGCAAACCUGGUUUUCGCAUACCUGGAUUCGAGGAGAAGACUCGGGCAGUGCUGGGACAAGUCGCUUCUAUGAUGGGUUCCGUGCUGAGAGCAUCAGUCUACUACGGAAUAUGACAGGCGACCGCAAGAUGGUUAAUGGGACCAUGGUGGUUACCAUUCACGAGGAGGGCACGCACGUCACGGCGCUGUCGUGGAACCCUAACCAGUCAUGCGCGGGAUGGGCAGCUGCCGGAUUGGGAUGCGGACUGCUUCGAAUUGAAGAUCUGGCGAUGUAG